AUGCCAUACGUGCAGUUACCUACAUCUCAUCAGAAUAUCAAGUUAUACUACGAAGUACAUGGCUCUGGUGACAUCAAAGUGCUCUUUAUUAUGGGUUUGAGAACUGAAGGUUGUGCUUGGAAAUAUCAAACCGAUUUUUUUCGUAAACUACCAGAAUUUGAAUGUGUGAGUUAUGAUAAUCGUGGGUGUGGUCGGACGUCGACACCGAUGACACUAGAGUAUACAACGGUUCAAAUGGCAAAAGAUGCUCUUGAAUUAAUUGAUCAUUUGCGUUGGUCACAAUGUCACGUUGUGGGUGUGUCGAUGGGUGGGAUGAUCGCAUUAGAAUUAGCAUUGUUAGCGCCACGUAGAAUUAUUUCAUUGACUUUAAUGGCUACACACGCUGGUGGUCUCAUUGGGCAAGCACCAUUAAUGGGUCUGUACGGUGUCUUACGGUCAUUAGUAUUAAGCAACGAAGAGAAGAUUGUCGAAAAUGCUCUUGCAAUGCUUUAUAGUCGGAAAACGUUGAAUGAUCCGAGCAAACGACAAUACUUCUUUGAUUAUCAUCGUGAACGAUUUAGAACUCGAGUUCCAUUGAAAUUGGUCGGCAUGUUCGGACAAAUGUUUGCCGUUCAACGGCAUUAUAUCAACUACGCUGAUUUAUUAAAAAUUCGCUAUGCAAACUUUCCAUGUUUAGUUAUGGUAGGCACUGAAGAUCGCCUGGUGCGUGAAACUAAUUCAUAUAUGCUGCAAAGAACACUUGGCUGUCGGCUUGUUAAACUCGAACAUGCAGGACAUGAUAUAGGAGGUGAAUGUGCCGAUCAAGUCAAUCAAGAAUUGCUAGCUUUGUUUAAAUCCAUUAACCACAAAGAAAAAUCAUCGGAGAUUCUUUCUGAAUAUGCAACGGAAAUACAGGCAGUCGAGCGAAGCUGUCAACAUCGAACGCAUUGCUUUAUUCAUAAUUGUGCUGGCUUUAUUAAAGGUGCAAUAAUUGGUUUAAUUCUUUACUACACAUUAGUCAACGGUUUAUCAAAAACUGAACUUGAAAGCAUACAUUUACGUACUCGUUGUAUCGUACUAAUUGGUUGUUUAAGCGGUUUUUGUCGGUCGCUAAUAUGCAUUUACAAUGCACUCCGAGCGCGAUUCUUUGUUCAGAAGCAUCGAUUAGUCCUUGAACGUGCUGCCAGCCAUGGCGGUAUUGGCAUCAGUUUGUCUGAUCGAGUCAAGAAUGGUAUUCCACACGGAUGUGGCUUUGACUUUCCUGUGCUAUCAGUUAUUUUUACACUGGCUCUCGCUGCUCUUGUUUGGUGGACAAGGCAGUACCACUAA